AUGGCACCCAUCGGCGUGGGCAUCAUCGGUCUCUCCGCAGACCAGUCCGCCUGGGCCACGAGCGCUCAUUCUUCCCCUCUCAAAUCGGCUCCAUUGAACGAGAAGUUCAAGCUGGUGGCCGUCAGCACGUCUUCGCCUGAGACGGCGAGGAAGGCCGCCGAGGCCCAUGGCCUUUCGACGGACAAGGCGUAUAGCAGCCCCGAGGCUAUUGCGGACGAUAAGGAUGUUGAUUUGGUUGUUGUGAGCGUUAAGACACCUUACCACAAACAACUCGCCCUCCCAGCUCUUCAUGCUAAGAAAUCCGUCUUCGUCGAAUGGCCCCUCGGCAACGGCCUUCAAGAAGCAGAAGAGCUCGCUGCGUUAGCCAGAACGCAAGGCGUCAAAACUGCAGUCGGUCUGCAAGCGCGGCUCCUUCCCAGCGUCCAGAAAGCCAAAUCGAUCAUCGACUCUGGUGCUCUCGGCCGCAUCAUUGGAACCACUUUGGUCGCUUCGAAUAGCUUGGUGGUGAACAUUCCUGUCAAGAAUAGUUAUCUCAACGACCCCAAGAGCGGAGCGAACUUGGUAACGAUUCCAACCAUCCAUGCGCUGGAUCCGCUUUGCUACCUCCUCGGCGAAUUCAAGUCUCUCAACGCGACCACUGCAACCACUAUGCCGGAGCUUCGAUUCACUCAAGCCGAUGGUUCCAAGAGUGAGCCGGUCAAAAGCAACAUUGCGGAUUUUGUCUCAAUCCAAGGCGUGCUCGAGAGCGGUGCUACGGUCAGCUAUGUGUCCUCAUCUACCACCGAAGCCACGCCAGGACAUUUUGAGUGGAUCGUCUCUGGCGAGGAGGGAUCGCUCAAGUUCGAAAGUGGGAACCAAUUUAUUGCGAUGGCCCCGCCUACUUUGUAUCAGUUUGCGCUGCCUAAGCAGGACGGCAAAGACGACGGAGAUAAAGGACCAUAUGCGACCAAGGAAGGGGGAAAGUGGGAGGAAGUCGAGGUUGAGAAAGGGCCAUUUGGGGGCAUUGGAGGGGUGUACGCUGCGUUUGCUGAAGGGAACAAAGAUCUGGUGGAUUUUGAUGAGGCGGUCAAGAGGCAUCAGAUGGUGGAGGCUAUAUUCCGCAGUGCGAAGAAUGGGACGAGGGAGAGUUAUUAG